ACAAUAAAAAAUAAUCAUUUUCCUUUUCCUUUUCUUUUCUUUCUUUUUCUCUUCAAACAAACAUAUCAUCAUUGUCUCUUAUUUUAGUAUUUUACACCAUCUCCUCCAGGUGCGCGAUACUUAACCUCGAAUCUUGUUUGGCAUGUAGAUCCUUCUCCUGCACCUGUUAUUUUUAAUUUUCACAUUUUUCUUGUCUAGAUUUGCAGCACAAAAUGAGUACGUCAAACUCAAAAGUGAACUUCAUUGCAAGUAGUUCUGGAGUUGUAAUAGAAAACAUAGCCCCGUUGAAAACCGUGCCCGGUCCUACAACAAAUUUGCCGGGGGAUGAUGACAUUCAACCACUUUCAGGAUGCCCAUUCUAUCAUGUGAUUAUUUCAAAAUCACAUAUUUAUCCUUGCUUUAGCAUGCCGGUUUCAAACGAAUUAACACUUCCUUCAGCUGAAGUCCCAGCUAUUCUCAAGUAUGGAAGCAAGAGCUGGGACAUGCAGUAUUGCGGACUCGGCAAAAGUUACAAGAAGUUCUUUAACCACAGAGGCUGGAAAAAAUUUGCUGUUGAUAAUCAUUUGGAGGUUGGGGACGCUUGCGUCUUUGAACUCAAGGAGUCGAGUGAAGAGAAACUUGUCUUCCAAGUUCAAAUUCUUAGAGGUGACCUCCCUGAAACUUUUCUUAAAAGGAAAGAAAAAGAGAAGGAAAAGAAAAAGGCCAGGGCCAAGAUUGCAGAAAAGCCAGGAGGUAAAAGUGCAGAAAACCGCAACAGUGCAGAAAUGCCAAUUCUCAUUGACUAGUAUAGAAUUACAAUGCAUUUCAUUUACUUUUCAAUGUGUUAUUAGCAUUCAGUUUGGUGUAUGAAGUAGAAUGAGUACAAGACACCACUAUCUGUAACUACUAGAAGUUAGCCUUCUAGGCGUGGAAACCUCAUUUCUGAGAUGGUUCAGAGGUGAAAUCGGGUCAUAGAUUUCUGCAACUUGUUCGGAGUUUAUGUGCUAUGAUUCUCCAUAUCAAUUCUCUAGCUAAAUGAAUGCAGGAGAUUUGGAAUUUGUAUACAGUUUUUCUUGAUUUACUCUUUGGGUUGGAUAAUCUUUUGGAGUGUGAUCGUUCUUAUAUUUUAUUGAAAAUGACCAAAUACAAAAUAUUCAACCAUGCGGAUUGCAAGAAUCGUGCAAUGCAGACAAUGAAUACAAAGUUGAAUCUCAAAAAGGAAAUGAAACAAUCCUAAUUUUUUCGAAUUUUGUUUCUAUUCUCACUAACAGCGAUUAAUCUAUCAUG